AUGGACACUCCUGGAGCGCCUUAUGCUGCCGGCGGAGAAGCUCAUCAGGAGCUUGGUGAGCAGCAGCCGUUUAUUCAGCACUCGCAGAGCUCGUCGCCUUUCCGUCCUUCUCGAUCACGGAAGCUGUCUUUAUGGAAGCUAAGCCUCUUCUUUUUUAUUGCCACCAUCUCUAUCCUAGCACUCUCCAUUGUCCCCUUCAGCCUUCAGGCGCUUUCCAAGAAUCCACUCUCAGAUUCCCAUGAGUUGGAAGAGUCUCCCACCGGAGACGAGACUGAUCACCAUGAGGCUGAUUCCGAACAUGCGGCCGAGGAAGCAGAUGAAGAAAAUAUUGGGUUGACCAUCAUUCAUUACGAUGAAGAGAUGUCGAGAAUCCCAAGACUAAGAGAUACUUCACAGUACAUCUUAUCACCUUCUUGGGAUUUUGACGCCGAUCCUGUUAUCAGAGAGUACAAUUGGACCAUCGUAGACGGACGCCUAAACCCCGAUGGCGUCUUUCGGCCAAUGAUUCUUAUCAAUAACCAGUUUCCGGGACCGCUGGUUGAGUGUAACGACGGUGACACUAUUCGUGUCAAUGUUGACAAUAAGGCUAUCAAUGCUACGUCAAUACAUUUCCACGGCCUCUUUCAAAAUGGCACGAAUUCCCUGGAUGGUGCUGUUGGCAUUACCCAAUGCCCUAUUGCCCCCAAUUCAAGCUUCACCUACGAAUUCCAGGUCCAGAAUCAGUCAGGCACAUACUGGUACCAUGCUCACCAUAGUGCCCAGGCCUCUGAUGGCCUGGUUGGACCUGUUGUUAUUCACUCCAAAGACGAGAGAACCACUCUCCAGAAGCUGGAAUAUGCUUCUGACAGGGUUAUAAUGAUUCAAGAUCAUUAUCAUAACCUUACUUCGGAGAUAUUGAUGGAUUACCUCAAACCAGACAUGGAGAAUAAUGAGCCUGUCCCUGACAACGGCCUCAUCAAUGGUCGUGGUAUGCGUGAUUGCAAGGACUUUGAAGGUUGGGACUGUGACGCCAGCAAUGCCACAGCUCCCAUUUUUGAUCUUGCUCCCGGCCAACGACACCGUCUACGCAUUAUCAACGUUGGAGCUUUUGCCGAGUUUCAAGUCCAAUGGGACGAACAUCCCUUUUACAUUACCGAAGUCGACGGCACCGAUGUAUUUCCCGAACCGUUUCAUCGUCUCAACAUCCUCCCAGCUCAGCGUUAUAGCAUUGUUCUGGAAACUAAUGUCACCACCGCCGAUGCUUUCUGGAUGAGGGCCCGCAUGGUAACUCACUGCUUCACCACCAAAAAUCAUCGCCUGCAACCCGAGAUCCGAGCUGUGAUCCGCUACACCUCUUCCGAAACUAAAGCACUAAACAAAUAUCCAAAUAGCAAAGAUUGGCCCGAAGUCAUUGAAGUUACUUGUCGUGAUUUGAACGUUUCUGCUCUACACCCUGUUAUUUCGAUGAAUCCACCGCCCGCAGACAAAUACAUGCGUUUUGACGCCAGCUUUAUGAUUGGGGACUGGCGUCUAUCACGUGGGUUUUUUAACCAAUCUACUUGGCAUCCCAAUAUCACCCAUCCCUCACUCCACCGCUUCCUCGACGCACCUGCAAAUGUCACAACCCUUGGCUCACCCAUCGCCGUCAAUAAUCUCGCCUACGACUACAAAAGGGAACUUGUUAUCCAGACCGAGGGCAUUCGAACCAUUGACUUUGCCAUCAACAAUUUCGACGACGGUAAUCACCCGUUCCAUCUCCACGGGCACAAAUUCUUUGUCCUCUUCCAAGGCCGCGGCGGUUAUCCCCCUUCUGAAGCCGAUCUUCCGGCAUUUCUCCAGCAGCACGACCUGGAGAAUAAUCCUCUCCGACGCGAUACCGUUACAGUAGAGGGAUAUAGCUGGGCCGUUAUACGCAUCGUCCUCGAUAAUCCUGGCAUGUGGGCCUUCCAUUGCCACAACAUGUGGCACGCUGAAUCGGGCAUGUUAAUGCAGCUGCUGGUGAGGAGUGACGUCGUCAGAGGAUGGUCUGUCAAGGAGCAAGAGAGGGCUAUAUGUGGCUUAGAGGGCGUCGAUACAGGAAUGAGACCAGACGAUAGCAUCUGGUUUGGCAGCUUUGGUAAGAAAUGA